AUGGCCUCCUCUCCCAAGAUCAUCGUGGUGGUUGGUGCGACGGGCAACCAGGGCUCGUCCGUCGCUCGAACAUUCCUCUCUCUCCCAGAUUGGCAUGUCCGGGCGGUGACUCGCAAGCCAUCGUCUGAAAAGGCAAACGGUCUGAAGGCACUGGGAGCCGAGCUGAUCCAAGCAGACCUGGCCGACAUAUCUUCCCUUCUUCGGGCAUUUGAGAAUGCCCAUGCCAUCUUCCUCAACACCGACUUCUGGGAGACCUACAGCUGCGUAGGCAGCAACUCCGGGCUGUCUCCCGUGGCACGCAGCCGGGCCGCGUACGAGAAGGAGGUGUUUUACGGCAAGAACGCAGCGAUUGCGGCGGCGAGCAUCCCCACGCUGGACAGGCUCGUCUAUUCGUCCCUCGGGUCUAUCAAGGAAGCAUCCGGCGGCAAAUACCACAGGUCGUUCCAUCCAGAGUCCAAAGCGGCGAUCGUGAAGUACAUCGAGACGGAGGAGCCGGAGCUCGCGAAGAAAAUGUCUCUAGUCAUUCCGGCCGGGUACUGCACGAACCCGCUGUUCCGUCCCACACGAGACUUGGCGAGCGGACAGUAUGUCAUGGUCACAGCACAGGCUCCCGGGUGCAGAAUGCCCAUCUUGAACCCAACCACGUCGAUGGGCCCUUUCAUCCGUGCCCUGGUUGAGGACGAGGAGCCCGGGACGAAGCUCCUCGCCUACGACCCGGACAGCUUCCUCCCAUUCGAGGACAUCGUGCAGAAAUGGACGGAGGUGACGGGAAACGAGGUCUCGAUUGUCCGCAUGGACACCGAGACCAUGCACACGCAGCUCCACCUUCCCUGGGAACUCCUGGAUGGCCUCGAUUUUGUGAACGAGUACGGCUACGAACAUGUGAUAAGAAGCCAGGGAAUCAUCGAGCCACAUCAGCUGAAGAACCCACCUAAGACGAAAUCAUACAAGGGCUGGCUGGAAGAGAAAUACCUGGAAGGAGGCUUGGUCUAG